AUGGCUUCCCAGAUCUUUUGUACGCUGCUGCGACUUCCGGCGGCAUCACGUUUUUGCUUGACGCAGGCUUUGGCACCAGCCUCAUUCUCCAUCAGCCCGCAGUACAUACGACCCUUCUCCAGCACAUCUUCCUUCAAUGCGACGUACAAUCAGGUGCUGCGCGGAUGUAGAGUCGGUCAGAAGGCGCGAAGAGCCACCUCCCCUGCCCUUGUUGGCAGGCCAGAGAUGAAGGGUGUCUGCCUGCGUGUGGGCACUACGAAACCGAAGAAGCCCAACUCUGGAGAACGGAAGGUUGCAAGGGUGCGGUUGAGUAGCGGGAUGGUAGUGACAGCAUAUAUACCUGGUGAAGGCCACAAUGUGCAGCAGCACUCUGUAGUGCUUGUCCGAGGCGGCCGUUCGCAAGAUUGUCCGGGUGUGAAGUAUCAUCUCGUGAGAGGAGCAAUGGACUUGGGUGGCGUGGGCAAUCGCAUCACAAGUCGCAGCAAGUACGGGACGAAAAAGCCGAAGACGAACUGA